AUGCCUCCUAAGCGGAAGCAUUCCAGCAAUGGACCCGAGCAAAGGAGUGAGGCGCGCAACAAGCCUUACGCCUACUUGAAGCCCCAGGUCCGGCAGGUCUCCGAAAGGACCAUCAAAUCCAAGUGGUCCACACUUCCGGAGCCUGUUCAAGACAGGGUGCGCGACAUGUUUCGGGCCCUGGAGCGUCCGGUUAUCGUAAGACAGCAGAACGAGGGCAAACGUAUCGAAGCACAGGCUGCUGUUCAGGCUGUUGUGAAAAAGUAUAGUUCUUUGCCUUUUGGCUCGAGGAGAAUGAUCAUACUAAUUUGUAUUUCCCAACUGUAUAGUCUAGGAAAAAGGCUUCCGCGCAUGCCAUUUCCUCCAGUUACGAAAGACUCUGUCUUUGAGUACGAGGCAGCGCUCAAGGAACAUUGCUCCUUGGAAGCUACUUUAGCCACAGUGACUGAUAGUAUUGAUCUCUUAAAGGCUGAAGUCGAAAAGGAAGAAGCUAUGCUCGAAAGAGAGAAAAAGCAACUUCAGGAGAUGGAGAGGAAUGCGAAGCGGGCGGAAGCGGAGAGGAAGAGGCAAUCAAAGAACGAACAUCCUGUUCUGCGGCAGGUCGACAGCUUGCCUGAUGAGUAUAAUCAGAAGCAGACCGAGUUUACCCUUGCGGGAGGAAAAGAAACCCAGACGAUGUUCGACGAGCUUGAAAAUGACCCAGAAGUCUCGAAUAUCUUGAAACAACUGACUGGACAUCUGAAGUCAAUGCAAAACAACACCGCACCCGUCGCUGGUUUGAAGGACGCAAUUGGCAGGUCACAUGCAGCAUUAAGUCUGACUUUCAUGCCCGAAGACUGA